UAAAUUGUUGGAAAAAGGAGAAUAUAAGACUUAUGAAUUUGAUAAAAUAUCUGAAAAAAUUCUAAAGGCUCUCUGUUUUAUAUAUAGGGAAAAACAGGAAAAAACAGAUAAUUUUGACAAUGAUCUUUGUCGUUAUUUGUAUUAUUAUUUAGGUGAUAAAAUAUAUCCUUUAGUAAAAAAUGAGCGUGUGUUCAAAAACAUUAUUUUAAAGAUUUAUACAGAACUAGAUAAUAAUACAACAUAUAUGACGGUGUGUCCUAAACAUUACCUAAUUGAUCUUAAUAGAUAUGAAGAAUAUAAGUUGCUAUUUUAUUAUUCUAAGGAUUAUCGAGAUAUUGAGUUGGAGACUGCUCAUCCAGACACCACAUGUGAUAAAGAUUAUAAGCAAUACAUAGAAAAAUACGUUACUAUAUAUAAAAAGGCACAUUCAGAAUGCUAUAAUAAAUAUAAUAGAAACAAUUUUUAUUGGAGAUAUUUUUCUGAAUUAUUCAAAGAUAAUGAACACAAAAAAUUAUCUUCAUUUAGUUGUAAACAACGUGAUAAUAUUGUAGUAGUUUCAGAAGAACAAAAACAUCAUGAACAACAAGAACAUGAAGCAGUUCAGUCUUAUAGUCAGCCCAGUGUUACAUCUAUACCCCCUCAACAAACUGCAACACAGAAUGCAGAUUUAGGUGUGAAUCAACAAUCUGAUUUUCGAAAUUUUACAAGAUCAAUUGAAACCAUUCAAAUGGAUGAUACAACUGAAGGUGGACACUCAAAAAGUAUUACAGGUUCAGUUGUUCCAGUAUUAGGAGUUCCUUUUAUUUCUUUUCUACUAUAUAGGGUAACUGAAAAUAUAAUUAAAAUCCACAAAAUCAUAAUUUUCAUAUA